AUGGCUUCAAUCUCGCACGUGAUCACCACCGCCACCAAUCCCCACCUAAACCUUUACCACUUAACCCAAACCCGCUCCUCUACACUCCGUCUCUCUCACUCCAACUCCCGUAGAAUCCUCAACAAUACUCGCGUCUUUGCGGAACAUGCAAAUUCCACUUCAACCUCAGCUAUUGAUUUCAAUGAUCCUGAUUGGAAAAUCAAGUUUCAGCAGGAUUUUGAGUCCCGUUUUCGACUACCUCAUAUCACUGAUAUUUUCCCUGAUUCUCCUCCUAUUCCUUCUACCUUUUGUCUCAAAAUGAGAACCCCGAUUGGUAAAGAUAUUCCAGGUCAUUAUUCAUUGGAUGAAGAGUGGCAUGGUUACAUUAAUAACAAUGAUAGAGUGCUUCUCAAGACAAUUAACUAUUCGUCACCUAAAUCUGCUGGUGCUGAGUGCAUUGAUCCCAAUUGUACUUGGGUAGAACAAUGGGUUCAUCGAGCGGGGCCUCGGGAAAAAAUAUACUAUAAACCAGAAGAAGUAAAGGCAGCAAUUGUCACUUGUGGAGGGCUCUGCCCUGGUCUUAAUGAUGUUAUCAGACAGAUUGUAAUCACACUUGAAAUAUAUGGAGUAAAAAAGAUAGUGGGGAUUCCUUUUGGUUAUCGAGGAUUUUCUGAUAAAGAAUUGAUAGAAGUACCGCUUUCAAGGAAAGUAGUUCAGAACAUUCAUCUAUCUGGUGGAAGCUUGUUAGGAGUUUCACGAGGAGGACCUGGAGUCAAUGAUAUCGUGGAUAGUUUGGAGGAGAGAGGGAUCAACAUGCUUUUUGUACUGGGCGGAAAUGGCACACAUGCCGGUGCAAAUGCAAUUCACAGUGAGUGCUGCAAAAGACGGCUCAAAGUGUCUGUCAUUGGAGUGCCUAAAACUAUUGAUAAUGAUAUUCUAUUGAUGGAUAAAACUUUUGGAUUUGAUACUGCUGUAGAAGAAGCACAAAGAGCAAUUAAUUCUGCAUACAUCGAGGCACAUAGUGCAUAUCACGGAAUUGGGGUUGUGAAAUUAAUGGGCCGUAGUAGUGGGUUCAUAGCAAUGCAGGCUUCCCUGUCUAGUGGACAGGUCGACGUAUGUUUGAUACCUGAGGUGCCUUUUAAUUCACAUGGCCCCCAUGGUAUAUUAAGGCAUCUCCAGUACCUUCUAGAAAUGAAGGGAUCGGCAGUAGUCUGUGUGGCAGAGGGAGCUGGCCAGAAUUUACUUCAAAACACUAACGCUAAAGAUGCAUCAGGAAAUAUUGUAUUUGGCGAUAUUGGUGUAUAUAUACAACAAGAGACAAAAAAAUAUUUCAAGGAGAUUGGUGUUCAUGCUGAUGUAAAAUAUAUUGAUCCAACAUACAUGAUCCGUGCAUGUCGAGCAAAUGCAUCAGAUGGGAUUUUAUGCACUGUACUUGGACAAAAUGCUGUUCAUGGUGCAUUUGCAGGAUAUAGCGGCAUUACAGUAGGUUUAUGUAACACCCACUAUGCUUACUUCCCCAUCCCCGAAGUUAUAUCGCAUCCCCGAUUGGUGGACCCUAACAGUCGUAUGUGGCAUCGUUGCUUGACUUCAACCGGCCAACCUGACUUCAUCUGA